GGUGGGAGGUGGGAGGCUCGCAGGCAGCGGCAGCGGCAGCAGCGGUGGAGAGAGAGAGCGCAGUCGGCUCCCGAGCCCACGGGGAUCUCCGAGCGCGGCUGGGACUUCCUCCGGAGGCCCGCGGGACAGCGCUGCCGCGCCCCCAGCCCCUGCCGCCCACCCCAGGGAGGUGUGCCCACACCCACUCCCACCCAGACACACGCGCCCGGCCACGCGCGCACUCCGCCGCAGCCGCCCUCCCCGGGCGCUCCCCCUCGGCCCCGGCCCGGCCCGCAGCGGGGAGCGGCACCGGCGGCCGCCCGGCCGGACCCGCGCGGGCAGAGGGGCUCCAUCGCCCGGGAUCCCCGGGCUGUGGCUCGGGCGCGGGGGCUGCGGGAUGCGGGCCGGCGUCCGCCGGGGCCCCGGGGGGCUGCGGGCGCUGCUGGCGGCGCUCGGGGCGGCGGCGCUGGCGCUCGGGGCGUCCGCCUACAACCUGGCCCCGGAGCACGCCGUGCUCUUCCAGGGGCCCGCCGGCUCCUUCUUCGGCUACGCCGUGCUGCAGCACUUCCACGACAACACCCGCUGGGUCCUCGUUGGCGCUCCGAAGGCGGAGUCAAAGUACAGCGCGUCGGUCAAGUCCCCUGGAGCCGUGUUCAAAUGCCGAGUCCACACCAACCCCGACCGGAGGUGCACGGAGCUGGACAUGGUCCGAGGAAAGGGCCGCGGCACGUCCUGUGGCAAGACGUGUAAAGAAGACCGGGAUGACGAGUGGAUGGGGGUCAGCUUGGCCAGACAGCCCAAAGCCGACGGCCAAGUGCUGGCCUGCGCCCAUCGCUGGAAGAACAUCUACUAUGAGACGGAUCACAUCCUCCCCCACGGCUUCUGCUACAUCAUCCCGGCCAACCUGCAGGCCAGAGGGCGAACCCUGAUCCCCUGCUAUGAAGAGUAUAAGAAGAAGUACGGGGAGGAGCACGGCUCGUGCCAAGCCGGGAUCGCGGGUUUCUUCACCAACGAACUGGUUGUGAUGGGAGCGCCGGGUUCUUUUUAUUGGGCAGGGACAGUCAAGGUCCUGAACCUGACAGACAACAUGUACUUCAAGCUGAAUGACGAGGCCAUCAUGAACCGGCGCUACACUUACCUAGGAUAUGCAGUGACGGCCGGUCAUUUUGUGCAGCCGUCUUCCACGGAAGUGGUAGGGGGAGCACCUCAGGAUGAAGGCAUCGGAAAGGUUUACAUUUUCAGAGCUGACCGAAGAUCGGGCUCCCUAAUUAAAAUCUUUCAGGCGUCUGGCAAAAAGAUGGGCUCUUACUUUGGCUCCUCAUUAUGUGCAGUUGACCUGAACGCGGACGGCCUCUCGGAUCUGCUGGUCGGCGCGCCCAUGUUUUCUGAGAUCAGGGAUGAGGGUCAAGUCACCGUCUACAUCAACAGAGGAAAUGGGGCCCUGGAAGAGCAGCUGGUCCUGGAUGGUGACCGUGUCUACAACGCCCACUUUGGGGAGAGUAUCGCUGCCCUGGGGGACAUGGACGACGACGGGUUCCCAGAUGUGGCCAUUGGGGCUCCCAAGGAGAACGACUUUGUGGGAGCUGUGUACAUCUAUCACGGAGAUGCCGACGGGAUCGUUGCCCAGUAUUCCAUGAAACUGUCUGGACAGCAGAUCCACCCAACGCUGCGGAUGUUUGGGCAGUCCAUCUCAGGAGGCAUCGAUAUGGAUGGAAAUGGUUAUCCAGAUGUCACCAUCGGAGCCUUCAUGUCGGACCAUGUGGUGCUGCUCAGGGCCAGACCCGUCAUCACAGUGGACGUCUCCAUUUUCCUCCCAGUUUCCAUCAACAUUACGGCGCCCCAGUGCCAUGAUGGCCAGCAGCCGGUGAACUGCCUCAACGUCACCGCCUGCUUUCGCUUCAGUGGCAAGCAUGUGCCCGGGGAGAUAGGCUUGAAUUAUGUCCUGACGGCGGAUGUGACCAAAAAGGAGAAGGGCCAACAGCCUCGGGUGUACUUCGUGUCUCUUGGAGAGACAACAGGGCAGGUCUCUGAGAAGAUGCAGCUUUCCUACAUGCAGGAGAAGUGUGAACACUACCAAGCUCACGUGAAGAGGAGGGUCAAGGAUGUCAUCAGUCCAAUUGUGUUUGAAGCCGCUUACAGCCUGGGUGACCACGUGAUUGGAAGAGAAGAAAAGGAACUGCCUCCUCUUAGACCCAUCCUUCGAUGGAAAAAGGGACACAAGAUUGCUCAGAAGAACCAGACGGUUUUUGAGAGGAAUUGUCACUCGGAGGACUGCGCGGCUGAUCUGAGGCUUCAGGGCCGACUGCUGCUUUCCGGGGUCGACGCAGACAUGCCGUACCUGGCCCUGGGAGCCGUAAAGAAUCUUUCCCUUAACAUUUCCAUCUCCAACCUGGGAGACGAUGCCUAUGAUACCAACGUCUCCUUCAAUGUCUCUCGAGAGCUGUUUUUCAUCAACAUGUGGCAGAAGGAGGAGAUGGGCAUCUCCUGUGAAUUGCUGGAGUCCGACUUCCUCAAAUGCAGCGUGGGAUUUCCUUUCAUGAGGUCCAAGACCAAGUACGAGUUCAGCGUGAUCUUUGACACCAGCCACCUGUCUGGGGAGGAGGAGACGCUGAGCUUCCUUGUCACAGCUCAGAGUGGCAACAUAGAACGCUCCGACUCCCUCCAUGACAACAGCCUCGUUCUGACUGUGCCCCUGGUGCAUGAAGUUGACACGUCCAUUGCUGGCGAUGGGUUGAUGGGCCGCCCUGGGCCACAUCUGGGCUGCAAUUUCCUCAUCUGCUUUGUGGAGAGCGGAGGUAGGAGAUCUCGGACUGAGAGGCCUCUGCCUUUCCGCUCCUUGCAAGUGCUGCCACCUGCCUUGCAUGUCUGCAUCAUUGUAACAUCACAGACAUCCAGCUUCGUGCAUCUGGAGGACUGGGAAUGCCAGUAUCAGCCCCUCAAUGUCACCUUGCAGGUUUAUAACACUGGACCGAGCACUCUCCCCGGCUCAUCUGUCAACUUCUGGAUCCCCGACCGCCUUUCCGCAGGAGAUGUCGAGAUGUUUCUCAUCCAGGAGGUGAUGGUUGGCCAGGAGAGAGGAAACUGUUCUUUUCAAAAGAAUCCAACCCCAUGCAUUAUCCCUCAAGAACAGGAAAACAUUUUUCACACAAUAUUUGCAUUUUUCACCAAGUCUGGACGAAAAGUACUGGACUGUAACCGAGCCGGCACCCCCUGCCUAAGCAUUCAGUGUAACCUAAGCGCACUGGCCAAAGAGGAGAGCCGGAACAUCGAUCUUUACAUGCUCCUGAACACAGAGAUACUGAAGAAGGAUAGCUCAUCAGUCAUCCAGUUUGUGACCCGGGCCAAAGUGAAAGUGGACGCUGCUCUCAGGGUGGUGGAAGUAGCCAAUGGGAACCCAGAAGAGACCAUGGUGGUCUUUGAAGCGCUGCACAAUUUGGAGCCUCGCGGUUAUGUUGUGGGCUGGAUCAUUGCCAUCAGCUUGCUGGUGGGCAUCCUCAUCUUUCUCUUACUGGCCGUGCUCUUGUGGAAGAUGGGCUUCUUUCGCAGAAGGUACAAAGAAAUCAUCGAAGCUGAGAAAAGCCGGAAAGAAAACGAAGACAGCUGGGAUUGGGUCCAGAAAAGCCAGUGAGACGCCAUGCAAGCCGUCACUGGUCACGUGCCGCCGCGCCUGCUCCCCUGUCGUCCCUGUUCUUUGUAUCUUCCAUAUGUGGAAGAAAGAAUCUUCUCCAGAUUUUUCGGAGGCCCAUCGAUGCAGUCUUGUCCUGGAGCAGGGAGCAGACCCCCGGCCACCCCCGCAGCCCCGGCACGUGACCCGAGUAGCACACCGAGGCUGGAACGGGUGAAUUAUGAACUCCAGAGAGCAAGCUGUGUGCUGAGCAAUAUUUAUGAGUCCAACGUAUGUGGUAAACCCUCAGGGGAAGACUGUUGCCUAGAAGUAUUUUUUAUAAAUACAAGCCUUUUAUACUGAUUAUGUCUUUAUAUUUGUAUCAAUGUUUUAUUAUUUCUAUUAAAUAGUUAUAUAGUUCACUCAAGCACUGAUUUCUGGCUGAAACCUGGGAAAUACAUAUAUAUGUGUGUGUGUGUAUAUAUAAAUAUAUUUUAAAAACCUAUUGUAUGUUUGAACUUACUGCCCAACAGACUUGCAGAUGAAAUGAGCUCAAGGAGAUUUUGAUUGCCUCUCAUAGCAAACCCACAGGGCCGGCGUUGGCGGGUGCAGGUGCCACGUGGCGGUGCCGUGUACAGUGGGAUGCGCCAUCUGUGUGUGAUGGGGAUGUUCUGGAGCCUCUUUGCAUUUCUCUCACUGCAGUCUCCACGUAAGUUGUGUGUGAAUGGAAUCCUGAGGGAUUUCCCCCAGUGUUCUUCAUUAAAGGGACCCAUUGGGGAGAAACGAGACCCAGCUGCUGUGGCCCCAAUCUGCCUUCAUGUUUUGGAGAAUCUCACUUUUGGGGGAGCCCUGGAGGAAGAGCAUGGUAGAGAAAGGCCUCCUGCCUUCCGCAAGGCUGAUGCCACCAGAAUCCUCAUCUUGGGUUGCAUCUGGACCAUUGAGAUACCAUAAAACCUUCAGGGCCAGUGAACUCCGUCCAUCUGCCACUCUGAGACCCUACAAGCCUGGGCUGGGGCGGUUCACAAGGACCUUCCUCCUCUCCUUGUGGUGGAUGGCCUAGAGGCUGAUCAUUAAAGCUUCGUCCCCAGGCUGCCCCGUUGGCCAGCCCUGCAAGUUGGACCUCAGCAAUAAAAGCAGCUCAUUGGGGACCAUGAGAGGUCUAAGAGAUGCUCCAGAUACCAGGUGAUCAGUCAGAGGCUCUUCCCCCCUUGAAAGAGUCUGACUUCAGAGGCAUCCUGAUACUUGAUAUGAAAUCCAGAGCUGUUUUGUCUCAGAUGGACACCUGCUACAAAUCUCCCUCUCGGAGCCAUCGUUUUAGAGGCCUUCCGUGGCCAGAUUCAGAUACACCCAUACAAGACUUUCCCCCCCACCUCCAGUCCUGUAUAGAAAGGGGCCUCCCAUGCACAGCUGGGUGCAGCUAGCAACUGAGGCAAGCUAAGCAAUAAUCUCAUGGAGAGUUUUACAGAUUGAAGACUCGGCCUGGGGUGAGUCAUGGAGCCUCCUUCAAAGGGCUGAGGCUUCCCUUGGAUUUCUGAGGACAGAGGAAGGCGCUGGUGGGGGCUCAUGAAGCAAGUCUGAUGUCUCCACAAUCUUCUCAUAGUAGCUACUAAUCAGGUUUCUAGGACCUUGCUCUCCGUAGCUUAUUUUUUAAUCCUGUUUGGUCCUCCCUGCACUUUCCUUCAUUGUGAUUAAAUGCAUUUUGUUAUAGAAGGAUCAGGAUCAUUUAUUCCACCUUUCUUUACUGUGAAACUUCAGAGAGAUCAUGGAAACACUGAGAGCAAGAGAAUAAAGGGGAUUUCCCUCAUCAUGAAAGUCACAAGGAGGUUUUAUCACCCAUCUUUGACCCUCUUUGAGGGAUUCUGUUGGAUCAAACCCUUGCACAGGAAAAUGUUUUGUAUUGCUGGAAGAUUUCAUUCUUCGUAUUUCCCCAGAAUGACCAAAAGGAAAGGGAAUCGGGAUGACGUCCUGCUGGAUUUCCAUGGACAACCAACUCCCUUGAAAGUGGUGGGCAAGUCUGGCUAGCGGUGGGGCUUCCCAUCAACCAUUUUUCAUUGGCUUUCUUCUUGAAUUUUUCUUUAAUAAACCAGUAAGUAUGAGUCUAUUAGCUCAGGAAAGCAAAAUCACAUCCACUCCUCAGAUCAGAGAUUUUUUUUCAAUAUUCAUUGACUUCCCAGAGCCUCUGCCCCAUUAUCUCCAGGCAAGACACUGACCCAUUGAGAAUGAUUACAAAGGCAAUGUGUUCUUAAAGCCAGGAAGGGCUCAGUUCAAGACGCAUCUGUGCUAUGCUGACUGACCCUGGAUAAGUCCUGGAAACUCUCGGUCCUUCAGAUGAUGCUUCAGGACUUUUAUGUUGCAGAGAAGAUGCAGAAGAGGGAGUUCUUUCCUUGGAAUUUCUGUAAUAAUGAAAUCAUGUGUCCAGUUGUGAUCAUUAUCUCCAAGAAGCAUGAUUGGCAUUGCCAAAUCAGUUUCAAUCGGAGGAAUCUUGGGACCUUAGAUGGAGAGCUGAAAAGAACCUUCCCAGUCCAUCCCCCUCACUUUACAGAUAAAGGGACUAAGGUCAGCAAGAUGAAUGAACCUGCCCAAUGUCACACUGGCAGCAAGGAACAGAGCUGGGAUCUGAAACCUUGGCAAUGGACCCCACUCUAGUUCUCUUUACAUUAUUAUAUAUGGGGAGAACAAUGAAAUGUGGGAACUUCCAUUUAAGAGUGCCAAAUGUCCUUAUCUGGAGUCACUCCCACAGAUGAGUAUUCCAGAAUUGUGUAGUUUUAUCAGUGUUCUGAUCCCCUUAGCAGUGAAGAUCUCAGCUCCUCUGGGACUUAGUCUUGCAUGGAGGUACCUGAAUUCAGGGCGAUUGAGACUUGCCCAUUGACACACAAUAAGUAAAUGUCUGAGACAGAAUCGAACCUGGGAUUUCCUGGCUUCCCACUCAAGAACAAAGACCAGUCUCCCACUACAUCAGUUUGUUUGCCCUCAGCAAAUACAGAUGCCCGCAAAAGACCACGCCUAAAGGCAAUGGUGAACUGUGGCUUACACAAAUGAUGGGGACUGAAAAGUCCAACUUUUAGAAAUGCCCUAGAGCCUCAGAGUGGAAAGGGAGCUUGGAGGCCAGAUGGUCCCACCCAUCAUUCAACAGAAUCCUUAUCCGUAGAAUCUGCUGCCUCUUUCAUCAAAUCAGGGGAACGCUUCCCAUGCCUCCCAGAGGCUUUGCCAAAGAAGUCAGCCACAAAUGGGGUUUCCUGGUUUCAACUUAUUUGGAGAUUUGGGCCCAUGAGCCAAAGGCAAACCCAGUGAGGGCAGGAGGUCAUUGUGCUUUUGUCUUUGUAUUCCCAGUGCCUGGCACCAAGUAGGUGCUUAAUUAAUGUUUGAUGAAUUGAGUUAAUGAAUGAAAUAAGUAAGAUUUGGGUUGUCUGUGUUCUCAGUAAUAUCCAUUGUUUCUUGCUCCUAGGUAAGAUUGUUAGCUUUACAAAUACACUCAUCACCCAGUCCUUUUGAUAGCAAUAUCUUCUGGUUUUCCCUAAAGGUUUCAUCGAUUUUCAGAGAGAAUUAAAAAAAAAGCAAUUUUUGUUUUCAAAGGUAGCAAACGCAAUCUUUCCUGUUUGAAGACGGACCCCAAGAGAAUCGAGUUCCAGAAGAGAGAUUUUGACGCUUCAUGUAAAGAAGUCCUUGAAAACAAGGCUGCAUUAGGAAGAACUGCCUAGAAAGCCUCACUUUCUGUAAAAAGGCACGGGGUUAUCUUUCCUCAGAAGACAGAUCACCAAAGGCCUUCAGAAACCCUAAGUUUCAGCAAGGGCUUGUGAACAGAUCAUCGUCUUUAACGGAGAAGACAAUAGAAAAUCAUGGUUUCACUCUCUGGAGCUAGUGAGGUGAUAAGUGAGGAACAUCCUUCCCAGGAAACUCCCAGUAUCUGUCUUCAUGGAGUCAGAAAACUGAAUUAACAGAGGGUCCCUGGCCAACAUCUCCCAAAUGGAACGCUUAUAUUUACCUUGAGUGAAACAGAGUGCCUAAGCUGAGUGCCGUUUGUUUGUAGAUGAGUGAUGUUAAAUAUAAAAAGUUUUAUCAGGUUAAAUGUAUGAGGUUUCAACCCUUUCCUAACUUAAAAGACAUUAUAGACAGAAGGAUUUUUUUUGAGGAGGAAGGAAAGGGAUAGAGAAAAUUCUUUAGCUAACAGUAGACAGAAAGAUAGGAUGUUUUUCAAAAUGCUCCAAGUGUGUAAGGUGUAUUUGUAUUUUUAAAGUAAUGUUUCACAUUAAUAUAUAAACUAUGCACAUUAAAGAAUGAAUAAAAGAAUUCUUGGUUAAGUGUAAGAUAAAGAAGCAAUAGUCCUCACUGUCCUAUCGCUUAGAAAGGAACGAUACUUCCUGUUUUGAUUAUUGAGCGUCUUCUGUGUUUUUAGUCUGUUUGGAAAAUGGUGCCUCAAUUCCUAAGCUCCUAAAGAUGCAGUAAGACUUGAUGAUCAAGAAUGGAGGCUGUUGCUUAAGGAUUGGGGUGAUCUUCGUGGAUGGGGGCUGACUGUCAAUGCUUUACUUUUUAAACCUCACUAAUGGACAGCUAAACUGUAAAUUUCUCUUGUGAAUGUUGCUGGGAGAGACAGAGUGGUCCCUCUCUUGAUUUUUGCCUGUAUUUACAUUUCUAUGGUCACCUAUUUUCGAAUUCACUUGCACUGUUUUGGAAAUGUCAGGUUUACAAAAAUUCAUGUUUGGAAUAAAAGAGGAAAAAAAGAUACAAAUGA